AUGGCCAUGAUUUCCCCGUACUCAGAAGCGCCUCACCAAGCGAGAGCGACGCCACAGAGCUAUUUUGAGAUUCAAAACGAUUCUGCGCACGGCGACACACUCGCGGACAAAUAUCAGAUGCUGGAAGAACUAGGAAGUGGCUCGUUUGGCGUCGUCUACAAGGCAAUAGAAAAGGCCACGGGUGAAAUUGUCGCAAUCAAACAUGUGGACCUCGAAUCUUCCGAAGAAGAUCUCUCCGAUAUUCUUUCUGAACUGUCUGUCCUCUCAUCAUGCUCGAGCCCGCACGUCACGAAAUACCGCCUUGCGUUUCUACGUCGACAGACCCUGUGGAUUGUUAUGGAAUACCUAGGAGGUGGAUCAUGCGCAGAUCUCCUCAAACCCCCUCCACAUCAUCUAUCAGAAAGCCACAUCGCAAUUAUAUGUCGAGAGCUGCUCCUUGGUCUGGCAUACUUACAUGGCGAGGGGAAGUUGCACCGCGAUAUAAAGGCCGCCAAUGUCCUACUCGGCAUGGAUGGCCGGGUGAAGUUGGCCGACUUCGGUGUCGCCGCGCAGCUGGUCGGACUGAAGAGCAUGAGGAAUACCUUUGUUGGAACACCUUUUUGGAUGGCACCCGAGGUCAUUCAGCAGGAAGGCCAUGACGCCAAAGCUGACGUCUGGAGUUUGGGCAUCACGGCUAUGGAACUGGCAAACGGCGAACCUCCCCAUGCGAACGUUCACCCCAUGAAAGUUCUAUUUCUGAUACCAAAACAGCCUGCGCCAAAACUAGACGGCCCCAGUUGGUCCAAAGAUUUCAAAGAUUUUGUUGCUUGCUGCUUAACCAAGGAUGUCGAGAAGAGGAAAAGUGCGAAGGAACUGCUCAACCAUCGGUUCAUCCGAUCGGCGGGAAAGAUUGAGGGCCUGCAGGAGUUGAUCGUCCGGAAGCAAGAUUGGGAAGCCAGCAAAGGAGGAGACCGGAAUUUGAAGUACUAUGCCGAAACUCUCAAAAACCUGUCGCAGGGCCGGAAUGACGAUGACUGGGUGUUUGAGACCGUCAAAGCUGUGUCCAUCAUGAACUUCAAGGACCUUCAAACUCAGCGAAAGAGAAAAGUUGAAAGAACAUCCGUUGAUGUCUUGGGGGAUGAAUCGGAACAAAGCGCUGCGCAGAUGAUGGAGGAUUUGGCUCUGGAACGACCUUCAGAACAUCAACAAAGUCCGACCAAGCUGACGAUGCGAAAGAUUUCAGACUCAAAGCAGCAACAAUACCGAAGGGAGUCCACGGAUUCGAUGUCAGGCAAGAGAACAAGCAGGAAGAGACUAUCAAGUGCUCAAGUCCGGCAACCACUGGGAGUGAACAUGUCGUUUGGCAACAGCCCCAGUACAGUUCGACAAUUUAGGCGUGUGUCCCCCAAUGGGAACACAGGCCCCAACACGGAAAAUGAGGAUCCAAAUUCUAGCGUCAUUCGGACUCCAUCCAAGGCCAAACCUGGGCUGGCUUCUCUGGUGGACAUUGAGACUUCCUUGCUCUCACAGCCGGACAAAGUGUCAAGAUUCUCCUCGACCGCGACGACAAUCGCAAUCGAGACAAAGGAAGCGAAUCUCGGCCGUAGACUCUACUCAAACGCCAUUGGUAUAUCAUGCCAAGACGUGCUCAACGACACCGCCGACGAAGUCAAACGCGAGGCUGUUGCACGACUAGCCGAGGCGUUUUCAGAUCUGGAAAGCGUGGACCCCGACGGGAUGUAUCAUAUCAUGCAGUCGGUCAUUUCGAGGAUGAAGCAAGAUGAGACUUUGAAGAGUAUGUUACCACAGCAACCGUUGACGAUCUCGCCAUCGAAGGAGAUGCUUCAGCUACCACAGAAGUUCUCGGACCCUUCACAAACAUCACACAUGCCAAUGGCAUCACCGCAGCCUAUUGGUGCUAACGAGAGCAGACAAGUUACACCUAGCACACCCACGGGAAAAGGAGCCGUGGGGGCGAGACUGGUCCUUGCACAAAACAAUCCGCAUCUCAAGAGUCAUCGACGUAGACAGAGUGCGCAGGCAGCGAUAGUGAAAUCCCGUGACACCAGCCAAAUUUUCACCAGUCCCUUGAAAAACACAAGUAUCGACAAAGCAGGUAUCUUGAAGGCUGAAAGCCAAACGGAGAAGGAGAUGAUGAGCGGGUUAGUAGGUGGGUUAGAGCAUACGAGACAACUUGCGGACGCGCUCUUUGAGAGAUGGUGUGAGGGUUUGAGAGUCAGAUGGCCAGCUGUUUGA